UGCAGGUCAGUCUCAUCCGGACUUCCGCAUAGGUCAUCGCUCUAACCCUUCAGUGCUCCUCCGGUAAAUACUAUGCGCAAGAAGCGGCGCCUCCGCCCGUCAUGGACGUGAUGAACUCCGAGCAGUACCAGCAGCCCACCUACUACAACUUCCUCUACCAUCACCACCACGAGCCCCCAGAGACGUACGACUACAACACCUUCGACAGCUACGUCUCCACCACCAGCUCGUUAUCCGACGAGAAUUUCGGGGGGCAGUGCCACGAGCAGAAGACAGCUCGCGGGAGGAAGCGGAGUGUGCGGGACCGACUGCCGUCCCCGACGGUGAUGAAACGCCGCCGGCUGGCGGCGAACGCGCGGGAGCGGCGGCGCAUGAACGGCUUGAAUGAGGCCUUCGACCGCCUGAGACAGGUCAUCCCCAGUCUGGACGCCGACCACAAACUGAGCAAGUUUGAGACGCUGCAGAUGGCUCAGACCUACAUCGCCGCCUUGCGGGAGCUCCUCGAGAGGGACGCCCAAAGAUGAGCCAAAGAAAAGUGUAGAAUCUAGUCCAGUGCCUUGCAGAACCGUUGUUUUUAGGUAGGGCGCCCAAAAUUUUUAGUGGGGCUAAACCAAUCCUCAAACAUUUUUUAAAUGCUAUAUUUUGACAUUAUACACGGUGAUUCAGCUUAAAUGACCCAUGAGACUCCUCUUGGCAGACAACCUAUAAUACACAAAGCAAUUAUUCCUUGAUUCAUAUUCCAAUUUUGAAAGUUUCAUGAAUCGAAAAAUAUCGUUCUUUGAUUCUCGAUAUUUUGAAAAUUUAAUUUUGAAUCAAGGAAUAAGUGCAUAAUGUAUUAUGUGUUGUCUGCCACGAGGGGUCAGGUGGGUCAUUUAAGCUGAAUCAUAGUGACAUUUAUAACGUCAUUUCUUUUUGAAUCGUGACGUCAUUUUUAUUUUUUUAACAACUGACAUUUUUGUUCACUGUUUUAAAUAGCACACAUUUUGUAAAAAGAAAAAAAAAUGCAAUUUUACAUAUUGACAAUUAAAUACAAAAGGUUUUAUCUUUUUGUUCUUGCCUUAUUUUAUAAGGGGCAAUCAUUUUUGGUAUAUUUUUUUAAACAAAAACACCUAAACACAAAAAAUGAAGCAAGAACUAGAAGAUAAAGCUCUUUGUACCGGGUGCGGCAUCCGUUACGCCCAGAAAGAAAAUCCCCACUUCUAAUUAAACAAAAUUGUUGAAUUUUUUCGCACUUACCUGGGCAUUAAUAAGGUACAUUCUCUAAUUUUUUGGUAAUUUUUCAUUUACAAACAAAGCCAAAAAAAAAUA